ACAGUAUCUCACCGAAAGUAUCGAGGAACACGCUCUCCUCUUCCCCACACAUUCCAAAUCUACCAUCUCUACACCGAAAAGUCUUGACAAAAGUCGCUAGCUGCAUUCGUUGUUCAAUACAUUCCUGCACCUUCGUCUACUGGGUCCACAUUCCAAAGAGCCCGCGCAUCAUGGCGCCGCACCCCGAAUUUCUGGCUGAUGCCCAGGCACAGAGCUCCUCCUCCCCUCUGGCCGCCCGCACUCUGCAGCUGGCUAAAUCACUCUCGAAGCGCGAUGACCUGUACGCGAACCUCGCAGGAUCGGGCUCACGACCAGCGCAUGACCUGUCUGGACCUGGGUUUCAGGUGCUGUUCGCUCUUAUCGGCGUGGGCAUGACCCUGACGGGCAUCUGGUUCUUCAUGUGGGCCAAGAAUGGUGGCUUCAAGUGGAGGCAGGAUGAUUGGGAGGACUACAAGUCGACUGUUCUGCGUCGCAAGGGACCAGAUGGAAAGACGCUGUCCAACGCUUCCAAAAGUACCAGGCUAGGAGGCGGCAGUGUCGUCCACGGUGGUAGCUAUGGCGCCCCAACCAGUAUUGGCUACACCGAUGAGACUGGUACGAGUGCAGACAUGAGCGAAAUCCGCGACGCCGAAGAGGGCAAGUCACGCCAUGGCCUUAGAGGUGGUGAUGGCAGAAGCCACAAGAAGAAGCAUCGCCGCGAUUACACUAAUGACUACAACGACCCCGAUCUCGAUGGAUACCGUCACGAGAAGGCUGCCCGUGUUGGAGGCCUCAACCGCCAAGCUGAUGGUAUGUAUACCGACUACUCACCCACCGAACCCUCCGACCUUGGCUCCAACGUCUCCGGCAAACCGCUCGUAAACAAGGAGAAGAGGGAUCCCAAGAAGGAAGCCAAGGAGAAGGAGCGCCGCGCUCGUGAACGCAUGAAGAACGCCAAAGCCGCCGAGAAGGAAGCUCUCAAGACUGCCGCCGCUGAAGCUAAAGCCCGCAAGGAAGCCGAGAAGGCAGCCGCUAAACGCGAGAAGGCCGACCAGAAGAGAGCAAAGAAGACGCGCUCUGAAGUCGGAUCAGAGAUGCCAGAGAUGGCCGAAACCCGCACUGAAUACACACGCGCCUUCACUGAGUACACCGCACCGUCUGAGUAUGACCAAUCUGAGGCCCGCGACUUCGCAGCUCCACCAUCGAAAUCUCCCGUCAAAUCUACUCCUGUCAAGUCUACUCCUGUCAAAUCCACCGCUGCCAAGUCUACUCCUACCAAGGCUGCUUCAAAUGCUCGCCGUGCGCCUCCUUCCGCCGCCUACUCAUUCACAGCCGGCGAUGACGACGCCAAUACUGUCUACACCGGCGCCUACACCGAAGCAAGCGACGACCGCACCGCCGCCGAAUCCUCAUACUAUUCUGACUACCGCCCCAAGGCCGAGCGCGCCCAGCCACGCCACCAGUCGCGCGACCGCACCUCACAGUCGCGUGAUCGUACCUCACAGUCUCGUCCCCGCCCUGCUGGGUCCCGCUCGCGCCCAUCUUCUCAGACGCCGCAGAAGAGGCACCGCAGCUCUCAGCCUGCGACCCCUCAGGCACCUCAAUCUGAUAUCUUCACAGCCGCCAACGGACCAACUCAGGGCCACAUGUCCUACCCCUGCCACAUUCCUGGUCUCAGCCAGGCCGGCACCGUUGUUCCCGGUGAGAGUGUAAGCCAGGUUGGUGCACCAAGCAACCGCCGUCGCCAGCAGGCCGGCACCGUUGUCCCCGAUGAGAGCAUCAGCCAGGUCGGUGGCAACCGCCGUCGUGAGCGUGGCGGUCGCGAUGUCAUGGCCGGUUACAGACGUGGUGGCGGCCGUCGCGAUUCGCUGAGUGACAGCGACUCGUAGACGACUGAUGCUACGAGGACCAGGGAACGAGAUUGCAUGACCGGCGUUUUAGGUUUGGAUUUCAGCAAGCGAACAAUCAUGAAUGGGAAUGGUGAUUGUACAGUGUACAGACGAGCGAUGGAUACCAGGAUUGGGCAGAUAAUGGAGUAACGAACGGACGAGCGAACGUAUAUAGAUACCGUAAGAAUGAUACCAUGAGACGGAUUUACAUA